UAGAAAAUACCGCAGCUAGGCAGAGGCGGCCAAGAAUGCAUGCAAAAAUUAUUCUCAUUUUUCCUAAACAUUCAAUUUUGUCAUUACAAUUGAAAAUGGUACUAACCUAGCGUAAACAUGGAGCAAAUGUAACAGAAUCAAAUUCCUAUGAUUCUACUUUCGAAUUUUCAACACCUCUUUUUUUUUCCUAUAUAAGUGCAUUUGUCUUACAAUCCAAAUGUAACAAAAUAGUACCAUUCAUUACUUAUCGAAAUCAAAGAGUUCAUUACAAUCCGAGAUAUAAGCAUUCAUACAAUAACUGAGGGUGGGGAAAAGCCUAGUUACACGGAUCCAUAAUCCGGAAAUUCCUACAUUCUUAAGCUACCAAAAUGGGAGAGGAAAAACAAAGAAACGUAAGAAUAUCAGUAGGAUAUGCACUUCCUCCAAACAAAGUAAACACUUUCAUUAUACCAUCAUUACUCACCCAUGCCAAAAACAAAGGCAUUGAUCUUAUACUUAUUGAUCAUACCAAACCUCUCCUCCAACAAGGCCCUUUCGACUGCAUUGUUCACAAGCUUUACAACGAUGAUUGGGAUCAUCAAUUACUCGAAUUCAAAUCUAAACACCCGUAUGUCCCUGUUAUCGACUCUCCCUCCGCCAUCCGCCGCCUACACAACCGUGUUUCAAUGCUUGAAGUUGUAAACAACCUCAGCAUUCCAACAUCAUCAUUUACUAUUGGUGUACCCAACCAGAUUCUGAUGACUGAACAAUGCCAAGAAGAAGGAAUAAACUUCAGAUUUCCGGUCAUUGCGAAACCUUUAAUAGCUAAUGGCACCCCAAACUCUCACCAAAUGUCACUAGUUUUUAACUCUGAUGGGUUAAAAAAAGUGAAGGAACAAGCACCAGUUGUGGUGCAGGAGUUUGUUAACCAUGGUGGUGUUCUUUUUAAGGUUUAUGUUGCAGGAAAUCAUGUCAAAUGUGUUCAAAGAAAAUCUUUGCCUGACAUUCACAUUUCUGAUGAUCACCCUGUUUUUGAAAGUGUUUUACCCUUUUCACAGAUUUCUAGUUUACCUGCAAAAUUUGAUGAUGAUGAAGAAGAAGAAACUAUUAGUAUGCCUUCUUUGGAUUUUAUUAACAAUUUAGUAGGUGCAUUAAGAAAGGCUACACAACUUCAUCUGUUUAAUUUCGACGUAAUUCGAGAUACAUCUGAUUGCAAUGGUAACAAGUUUCUUAUAAUUGACAUCAAUUAUUUUCCGGGUUAUGCUAAGUUGCCUGGAUUUGAAGAAAUGUUGACAGAUUUUUUCUGGGAUGUUGUCAACAACAAGCAGACUGUGGAUCAAGACACUUAAUUAGACUGCUUCUACAUAAUUUGUUGCUGUUUAUGCUGCUACUGAUUCUAAUUAAUUGUCACUGAUUUUGUUUUGUAUUCUUUGCUACUUCUGUUAAAUUUAUAACUAGUUUUUUUUUUUCUGGAGCGACGGCUCGGGUUAGUUAUAAUAAACAAAUAUGUUAUUAUUUUUAAGUUUCAUAAUUUAUUUUGCUUUUUUUGUAUUUUUUGUCCAUUAAGAAAAUUGAAAAAUUUACGUCA